UAAAGAGAAAUCUGUCUUCUAUAAAAACAAACUGAUUUGAAUUCCUCUCACCAGUUUCCUUCCGGUGCUUCUCCAGAUCCACAACCUUUAAAUAUUCCAGGUCUGAAUGCUGCUGCUGCUUUCCUGGAGGAUUCAGGUUUUUGUUUUUCUGUCUGUCUGUCUCUCUCCAGAUCUGGUUUAGGUUAGGAUCUCACAGGCAGCUCUGAUUGGUUUAAAGUUUGGACUGAAGGGUUUUGUUUUUCACCACACCCUGUGAUAAAUCUUAUUCCACGCAUUUCUCUGCGGAUCAGCCCCGGGCGCACUAACGGGACACAGCAGGAUUACUUUUUUUAUUUCUUCAAAUUUGUAGCAGAUUCGGAUCUUAAUAUACUUUUUUAUUUUAAUCCCAUUUGGAGAAAUAUCACAUCUCACUGUAACUGAGGACCACAGAGAGCUCCUGGAGAACUACAACCUGAGGAUACAAACACAUCUGGAGAAACAAAUAUUAGUUUUUCAGCCUCUGGAACCAUAAAACAAGACUGUUUUUUUUAACACAACUGCAGAGAGAGAAAGAAUAUAUAUUUAAACUCUAAUCUGUUUCUCAAAUUCUCGCGUUGUUUAAGAAAGUAGUGAUUCUUUUUGUCGGACCGGAGCGCGUAAAUACGCACGGCGGCGGCUCCAUGGCGCACAUGUGCAGGCAGAUCACCGGCAGCGCGGCGAGCUGUGCGGGCUGGGUCGGGAUCAUUGUGGCCACGGCCACCAACGACUGGGUCCGAACCUGCGACUACACGGUGGCCACCUGCGUCCGGAUGGACGAGCUGGGCUCCCGGGGACUGUGGGCAGAGUGCGUCAUCUCCCCGUCGCUUUAUCACUGCGUGGCCCUGAACCAGAUCCUCACCCUGCCCGCCUACGUGCAGACCUCUCGUGCACUGAUGAUCUGCGCGUGCCUGUUGGGCCUCCCUGCCAUGCUGCUCGUGCUCACGUCGAUGCCCUGCGUCAGGUUGCAGAACGACACUUCCGCCAUCAAGCAGAUCCGCGCCCGCGUGGGAGGCGUCCUCUUCAUCCUCAUGGCCGUGUGUGGCAUCAUAUCGACUGUCUGGUUCCCCAUCGGCGUUCACCGAGAGGAGGGUCUGAUGUCGUUUGGCUUCUCCCUGUACGCCGGCUGGGUCGGCUCCGCUCUCUGUCUCCUGGGCGGCUCUGUGAUCUUGUGUUGCCGCGGCACCGACCCGGGGACCCCGAGCAGAGAGAACAGCUUCUACUACUCCAGACAGGGGGGCACGGCCAUGCCGCUGGACCCCCCCGCCAACCACGCCAAGAGUGCACGGGUGUGAAAGAUGUGGUUCUCAGACUGUAGAUCAAUCUGUCUCACAGUCUGUGCCUUUCUUUUUAUUUGAGUUUCAAGUUUGAGAAUGAUUUCUAACGUGUGAGCAUGAAGGUGUUUAUAGGGCAGUGAGAGAAACUUCCUCUGAGGCAGAAAUGAUCUGAUUGGUUGGUCAGAUAAAAUCAAUGUGCUGCCUUACAAAACAAAAUCGUCAGUCAGAUUUAAAGAUAGUUUAGUUAAAAACACUAAAUUCUUUUUCAACCUGGGCUCUGUUUUCACAUGUUUUUGUUUCUGAGGGACUAAAGGAGACAACCAUAUUGUAAACUGGUCCAGUAUUGAAUGUAUGUCCAAUAAAAGUGUGUGACUUUGCAUUCAAAUUAACAUUAAUGCUACCAAAGCUUGGUUCAUUCACAACUGUACAACCUGUAGUUUUUAAAUAUGUGUUUACCCUCUUUAUACCUUUCUGUCUUUACUUUUUUAUUUUUAUAAAUUUGCUUCCAGGGACGGGUGUUGCAACAUUACGAUACUUGCGUCUAAUAGCUGUUUUCAGUCUGUCUGUGAGUACUGUAUCUGUCCCAGUCAAACAAACAAAGUCACACAGAUACACAAACUAACCAAGACCGGCAACUUCUGUGUUCUGGGAGCUAAAAUUACUGUUUUUUCCAAUGGAGUCUGGUGGCUUUCAGUUGAGCGAUGUAACGGCUGUUUCUGGUUAAAACAAAAAGGGUCUCACUCUUUUACAAAAAGGUCUAUCUCUUGUUUAAAAUGUGUCACUUAGACACAAAAACAUUGGGUCCAGGUUGAAAAAUACCUUAGUUUUCCUUUAAAUGACAUAUUAACAGCAUUUUGCAGUCAUGAUACAGACUAAAAGGUGUAACUAUGUUCUUAAAUGUGCUUUUUUUUUAGGUGUGAACUAGCUCGACAGCGCUAGUUAUUAAUGUAACCACUUACAGUUCUUUGCUUUACAUGGCAUGAAAAUAGCAAACUGUUGCUUGCCUGUAUUAAUGAGCUCCUGUCAUUUGUGACUUUAAUGUUCACACUUUAAACAGCAUGAAAACAUUUCCAAAAUAUUUCCUUUUUGUUAACAAAGACUGAGAUUACCUGCUGCCACCUAACCCCACACAAAUAGGUUGUUUUAUGUACCAAUAACUGUAUCACCUUUACACUUUAUAUUCACAGUAUAAUCAAUAUCUAUCAACUGUGUAACUGUAUUGUAAGAUUUCUGGCUGGAGCUACAAGUAAUAAAAUUUUUUCAAUAA